UCUCCAACAAUUCAGUGUUUAAUCUUCGAUUUCGUUGCCAGUCAUCGGUAAAUACAAAGCGGCAGCAGUUCGUACUACUACACUACUACUACUAUCACUGCGUUAAAUACUACCGGAGCGGGUUUCUUGUUGGAUGUGGUUGUGGUUGUAGUUGUGGUUUUUCGCCCACCACCCGCGCGCAGCACGAAACUGGGAAGUUAGAAACAAUAAACAAAAAGAGCUAUAAACGACAGAUAGUCUGCACUUUCGGCCAAAACAAGUAUUUCGGUAGUAAUUUGCUGCUUGUUGGUUGGGCAUUGAUAUAUUUGGACUCUGCCUGUAGGCGUCAAAACGUCACAACGCGCUUCAGUGUUCGACCAAAUUGGCAUGUGUAAAAAAAUUGAGUAGCGUAAAAUCGACAGCAGUAGUGAGCGCAGCUCUAGUGAAACUAACAAAACAAGUAGCCAAAAGUACGAACAGGCGAUGUUGGAUCGAUUCGGGGAAGACUGAGGAAAGGAACACGAACAAACAAAGUAAAAUAAAAUCAAACAGGAAUUACUACAACCGCCGCGGCAAACGUAACAACUACAACAAAUUUACGAGUAGUAAGUAGUAAUAGCUAUAAACGCUAAAGCCACAGCCGCCGUGAUACAUCAGCCAUUAAUACAGCUGGUGGUAGGUGAGGCGGAAGACAUUGCCAGCAACAAUAAUAAGAAGGGUAAUAAGAUAAUAAGAGAAGGUGAGACGCAUCAACGCGCUGCAUACAAAACGCACCGCCGCUGCCGCUCGGCGCAAGUGAAAAGAAAAUCCCUCAACGGCGAUGAAAAAGAAAUAGCGAAAUAGGCGAGUAAAGUGCAAAAUAUUGUAGAAAAAAAAUAUUACAGCAGCAAAGAAUAGCAAUAAAAAGUGCAAGAAAGUAAUACGGCAGCAACGGCGAGACUAACAAGCAGCGCGCAGUGUCAUAUAAGUGAAUGCUGUCAGUCCAAAAACAACGAGCAGGCAGAAGAUAAGCGGUAACAAAAUCAAAAGCAACAACAAACAGUAAGUAUAACACAUCAGCCGUAAUAGUAAAGCAAUACCAACAAAGGCAGCAACAUCAGCAGAAGCAGCAGCAGCAGCAGCGGGUGGCCUUUAUUGAACAGCGCCGACAGAGCGCAUCACUACAGGGACGCGCAAAGUCAGCGACGGGGCGAGUCGAAUGAUUCCGGUACCGAAUCUGAUGGUGACGUCCUAGAUGUUGACAAGCAUCGCCCCUUAGACUUGGACAUGGAAACCAGCUUAAGCUCCUGCGCCGAUGUGAAUUCACCAACCACAGACACCGCCUGCUCCUCGUCAGCGUCUUCUGCGAUGAUGUGUCAAUCCCACCUUUUAUACGAUCAACACAGCUCCGAGGAGGAACUGGAAGUGAUCAAUGGGCCAUCAUCGGUUGCAGCCGCUGAGGCGGCGUCCAAUGUAUUGGUGGUGCGGGGCACCGCUUCAUCACUCAUAUCGGAGCGUGGCUCGUCGUCGUUGGAGCCCGAAGAGCUAUUCGGCGAAGCAUCGACAUCAAAACGUUCCAGCUCAACAUUAGUUGAGAAUCGCAAAAGAUCUCUGGCACACAGCUCCGAUGAUGACCAGCUGAGGAACUUCUUGGAACCAGUGUUGACCCCAGUGAAUUUUCGCACAUCACCACCAUUGGAAGCUUUCAAGCCAAACCGCAGCCACAAAUAUCGCUCCACAACGCCACUGAUACUAUCGGAGGCGCGUUGCGGCAUCGAAAAUAUUAAAUUAUGUGAUAAUAGUGUUAAUGACGAAAAUGGUGAGGCUGGCGCCGCGUCGUGUGCGUCCGGCGCGAGUAGCAGUGCCGGCAGCCAUGCCGGUGCUUGUGCUAGCGGCGGCGGUAGCGGUGGCGCCUGCGGUGAGGCCAGUUCAACGAGUGUGAUUAAGGCGUGCGCCUCAUCGCUCAAGAUGAGCAACAGCAGCCAUCAUAUCUAUCAACCGCAACCCAAAUAUAAUUUCCACUAUAAUAGUUCGCGCAGCAGUCCCGCAUCUACGACCGGUCUUGAUGCGAUGGAGGUGCGCUCGGUAAGUCCACCGGCGAAACUCUUCCAUUCGGCUAGAUCACCACACCGCCGACCGAUACGCACACAACACGCCACACAGAGGCUACAGCGACCACAUCGGCCGUGCUUAGAUUUCGACAAAAUGCAGCAACUCGCAUUACCCAUAACGAAAAUGAUAAAAGAUGAUGAUGAUGGAGAAGAUGAUGAUGAAGAUGGUGAUGAUGAUGUUGAAGGGAGGAUGAAGCUUAAGUGGUGAUAAUGAUGAUGAUGAUGAAGAUGAUUAUGUUUAUAGCGGUGUGGAUGGUAGUAGGUUUUGUACAGCAAAAGAAAAAAAACAAAAAACAAAUAGCCGCAAAAUUAAUGUUAUGUUAAAAAAGAAGAAGAGCAAAGCGUCAGAAGCAAAGGAAGAUGAUAAGAAGUGGACUUGUGGAAGAGAGCGAUUUUUAAUAACGUUUGGCACCAUAUAUAAUAUUUAACAGCGAAAAAAAUGAAAUAAAACUAAAACAAUAAAAAAAUGCAACAAAACUACAACAACAAUAGCCCCAAUUAUCCAAAAGCUAAAUUUACCGAAAAUAGACUUUUAGAAACAUAAAAUCAAAACCAAUGCAUGUUUAGAUGAAGAAACAGUUAAAACAAAAACAAAGAAGAAAAAGAAAAACAAAUUCCAUUUUUAUUAUUUUAAGCAAAAAAAUAAUAGAAUUUUGUUUUCCAUUUGCAAUGAGCCACAACAAAUGCCAGUUAUAAUAUUUAAGUUCUUCAUCAAGGCUGCCAAUAAUGCCAACUACUGCUGCUCAUUUUGAUAAUAUUAUGAUCUCGCCAGAUUGUCAACGUGCAGAACUUUAAAUGCUUGAAGACGGAGAUUUCGUAUUCAAAUGCACUACGCCAAACAGAGGCAAACUUAGAUUAAUUCUGGAAACCCCUUGAACUCACGAGUGGCCCUACUGAAUCUCACUAUCAAGUGAUGUUGUUGUUGUUGUAGCAGUAAUAUAUGUAGUAAGUGAUGUAUCGCUACGCCUGCCACUUUGUUUUGUUCAGCUAAGAAAGUUGCUUCUGAAGCUUUGAUCGCUAUUAAGCUGAUCAGCGUUAGAGAAGAUUUGUUAAGCUUCUGCAGCAAGGGGUGCAAGACACCCAUAACCUUUCCGCAUGUUGCACAUUAGCGCCUAUAAUAUUUUUAUUAGCAGUAAAACUGUGGUGUUGUUGUUGUUGGUGCAGCAGCAUAAAUAUUCCUCACACAUGUACGGUAAAUGCCGCUGAAGUGACAGUACUUGGCCCUUUAUACAUUCGGGUCGUUCCAGUCGAACCGACUGUCGUGGAAACUGUUGAGUGCAUCUGGGCUCUCUUUGCCUACUUCUAUAGCCCCAACAAAUCGUAAUCUCUUUGAAAAAAGUUAUCAGCUGUAUGUCCGUAAAACCAAAGCACUCUGGCCUAAACUGAAUUUUAAAAGCACAAAAUGUCUGCUUGGAUUGGAUUCAACAGAUCAACUACCAGCGUCCUCACUGGUGUUAUAAAGGGUCACUGCACUAUUGGCACUCUAGCCAGUAGAAUGGUGUACCUCACAAUGAUUGCUGCAGGAGUUGUAGAAAUAAAGAAGAAAUUGAACAACUCCUCCUCUGUUAAUGUCCUGCACUCCAAAGAAGCCGCGUCAAACAUCUUGGCGAUUACUUCUUUGAAGACCCGGU